CGCCCGGCAGUCCGCCCGGCGGGGCGGGCCGCAGACCCGGCCUGGGCAGCCGUACCGGGAACGUUGAACCCAGAGGAGUCUGGCCGGCCAUAGGGCCGGGGCGCACAGGCGGCGGCACCAUGUUCUCCCUCAAGCCGCCCAGACCCAGCUUCAGGUCCUACCUUCUGCCGCCGCCCCAGACUGACGAUAAGAUCAGUUCCGAACCGAAGAUUAAAAAACUGGAGCCAGUCCUUUUGCCAGGAGAAAUUGUUGUAAAUGAAGUAAAUUUUGUGAGGAAAUGCAUCGCAACAGACACGAGCCAGUACGAUUUAUGGGGAAAGUUGAUAUGCAGUAACUUCAAAAUUUCCUUUAUUACAGAUGACCCAAUGCCAUUACAGAAAUUCCAUUACAGAAAUCUUCUUCUUGGAGAACAUGAUGUCCCCUUGACAUGUAUUGAGCAGAUUGUCACAGUGAAUGACCAUAAGAGGAAACAGAAAGUCUUAGGCCCCAACCAGAAGCUGAAAUUUAAUCCAACGGAAUUAAUUAUUUAUUGUAAAGAUUUUCGAAUUGUCAGAUUUCGAUUUGAUGAAUCUGGUCCUGAAAGUGCCAAAAAGGUAUGCCUUGCAAUAGCUCAUUAUUCCCAGCCAACAGACCUCCAGCUACUCUUUGCAUUUGAAUAUGUUGGGAAAAAAUACCACAAUUCAGCCAACAAAGUUAAUGGAGUGUCCUCAGGAGGUGGAGGAAUAUGGAGCGGAGCUGGCAGUAGCAGCACCCAGAGGACGCCACUGUUUGAGACAUACUCAGAUUGGGACAGGGAGAUCAAAAGGACAGGUGCUUCUGGGUGGAGAGUUUGUUCUAUCAACGAGGGUUACAUGAUAUCUACUUGCCUUCCAGAAUACUUCGUCGUGCCAAGUUCAUUAGCAGACCAAGACCUGAAGAUCUUUUCCCAUUCUUUUGUUGGAAGAAGAAUGCCACUCUGGUGUUGGAGCCACUCUAACGGCAGUGCUCUUGUGCGAAUGGCCCUCAUCAAAGAUGCGCUGCAGCAGAGGAAGAUCGACCAGAGGAUUUGCAAUGCUAUAACUAAAAGUCAUCCACAGAGAAGCGAUGUUUACAAGUCAGAUUUGGAUAAGACCUUGCCCAAUAUCCAAGAAAUACAAGCGGCAUUUGUGAAACUUAAGCAACUGUGUGUAAACGAGCCUUUUGAGGAAACUGAAGAGAAAUGGUUGUCUUCACUGGAAAGUACUCGGUGGUUAGAAUAUGUCAGGGCUUUCCUUAAACACUCAGCAGAACUUGUAUACGUACUUGAAAGCCAGCGUCUCUCUGUAGUCCUGCAAGAGGAGGAGGGAAGAGACUUGAGUUGUCUGGUAGCUUCUCUUGUUCAAGUGAUGAUGGAUCCGUAUUUCAGGACAAUUACUGGAUUUCAGAGUCUGAUACAGAAGGAGUGGGUCAUGGCAGGAUAUCAGUUCCUGGACAGAUGCAACCACCUGAAGAGGUCAGAGAAAGAGUCUCCUUUGUUCUUGCUGUUCUUGGACACCACGUGGCAGCUAUUGGAGCAGUACCCAGCUGCCUUCGAGUUCUCGGAGACAUACUUAGCAGUGCUGGGUGACAGUACCCGGAUCUCUCUGUUCGGCACCUUCCUGUUCAACUCUCCUCAUCAGCGGGUGAAGCAGAGCACAGAGUUUGCUAUCAGCAAAAAUAUUCAGCUGGGGGAUGAAAAGGGCUUGAAAUUCCCCUCAGUUUGGGACUGGGCUCUUCAGUUCACAGCCAAGGACCGGACCCUCUUCCACAACCCCUUCUACAUCGGCAAGAGCACUCCCUGUGUACAGAAUGGAUCCAGGAAGUCUUUUAAGCGCACAAAGAAAAGCCACAGCUCCACACUGAGAGGAAUGCCGUCAUGCUUAAAGAAUGGACUCAUGGGUGACCAGGAGCUGCUUCCACGGAGGAACUCACUAAUACUGAAACUGAAGCCAGACCCGCUUCCGCACACCGACAGCCAGAGCAGUGCGGUGGAACGGUAUUUUAAAGAGUGGUUUUCCAGACCAGCCAACCUGCACGGCAUCAUCCUGCCACGCCUCUCGGGAACACACAUAAAAUUGUGGAAAUUGUGCUACUUCCGCUGGGUCCCCGAGGCACAGAUCAACCUUGGGGGCUCCAUCAUGGCCUUCCACAAGCUGUCCCUCCUGGCUGAUGAAGUGGACAUGCUCAGCAGGAUGCUGAGGCAGCACCACAGCGGCCCCCUGGAAGCCUGCUAUGCAGAGCUGGACCAGAGCAGAAUGUACUUCAGAGCCACGGGGCCACACGACACUUUGGGGACACCAGACUUCUUGUCCUCUUCAUUUCCAUUUUCUCCUGUCGGAAAUCUAUGCAGACGAAGCAUUUUAGGAACACCAUUAAGCAAAUUCUUAAGUGGGGCCAAAAUAUGGUUAUCUACCGAGACACUAGCAAAUGAGGACUGAGCUAAGGAGUCUUCUGGACACACUGAGAGAGGCUGACAUUUGCCCCUCUGAACUGAAAUUGCUAACUGAGGCAUUUAAAACUGGCCAUUUUAUAUGUAAGAAAUUUGCACUAAUAUUUAAAACGCGUUUGUCAUGCUGCCUUCAGUUAUUCUAAGGGCAGUGUGACGUUGGGUUUGUCCUCUCUCCUUUGGGUCUGGCCCAUUUGGGUCACUUGCAGUACAGAUUCCCCAUUGUUACACUCGUGAUCAUAGUAGUGAGGUUUCUCUGCUCUGUGAAUUUCACCAACAUGUAUUUUCCUACUACCUACUUAAAGGUUAUCUGAUAGAUUACAACCCAAAGAAGGAAGAGAGGCAAGUUAAUUAGCAUUUAAUGCAUUUCCAGAUCAUCUCAUCAAACUCCCAGCAGGCCUCAGCUGGCAUCCAUGUACUUAGCUACUGAAGGUUUGGGUUCUGGGGUCACAUGUUAUUAUUUGAGUUCACCUCAUUUAGGACCUUAGAUCACUGUGUUUCAAAAUCAUAAAUUGUCUUUAAUUCCAUACAACUUUUAAAAGAUGCACUGUAAUUUUGAAGCAUUCACUGUAGCUAUUUAAAACCUAGAAGUGCCUUUGACAUUAAGAUAUGAGUAACAAAGAAGCUAGAAUAACCAGGAAAUAUAAAAUGGGCUUUUUAAAUUAGGGUAUUUAGACCCCAUGCAUGUUGGGAAUAGCUUUUUGCCAACCAGCUACACCCAAUAUCCAGGAGUCUCCAGAGCCACAUUUUUGUCCCUCAGAAAGUCACCCUGUGAUCUGUGGGGUACAGCCCUUAGAGGCUCUUCAGACAGCAGAUG